AUGACUACCGCCGCCAGUGUUUUUCCACCAUUGGAGGCCCGUCCGCUCAAGGACACCAUUGUUUUGUUUGAUGUUGACGAGACUCUCACCAAGGCCAGACGAACUGUCACUCCAGAGAUGCUAGAGCUGCUCUCGCGCCUCCGUCACAAGUGUGCAAUUGGUUACGUGGGCGGUUCCAAUUUCGUAAAGCAGCAGGAGCAGCUGGGUUCAUCCAGCGUCGAUGUUACUACUCUGUUUGAUUUCUGCUUCCCCGAGAACGGUCUAGUUGCCUACCGCUUGGGCAAACCGCUUUCCAGCAACAGCUUUAUCCAAUGGCUUGGGGAGGAGAAAUACCAGGAGCUGGCAGACUUCUGUCUGAGCUACAUCUCUAAAGUGAAGCUGCCCAAGAAGCGUGGUACUUUUAUUGAGUUCCGCAAUGGCAUGAUCAAUGUCAGCCCUAUUGGACGUAACGCCAGUAUCGAGGAACGAGACGAGUUCGAGGCUUAUGACAAGAUUCACAACAUUCGGAAGGAUUUGGUGGAAGCCCUGAAGAAGCAGUUCCCGGACUAUGGUCUCACCUUCUCCAUCGGUGGUCAAAUUUCUUUCGAUGUCUUCCCUACUGGCUGGGAUAAGACUUACUGCCUGCAGCAUGUUGCAGCUGAGAAGGACAUCACUGGCACCGAGUACAAGAAUAUUCACUUCUUCGGUGACAAGUGUUUUGUUGGAGGCAAUGACUAUGAGAUUUACUCCGACUCCCGCACCAUAGGUCACUCAGUCGAGGGCCCUGAUGAUACCAUGAAGCAGCUACAGGAGAUCUUUGAUCUUUGA